AUGAAGUUCGACGGCGCCCUCCAAAAAUUCGUCACGGCGUCCCUAUGUCCGUCCCGCUCGGUGGUCACCCUCCGCCAUGAUUCACGCAUCGACGGUGACGACCAUAUGAUCUACUUCAUCGAUGAAGAACCGGCUUAUAUCAUGCGGGUGACGAAGCCGUUCGCGCUUCGACCCUACAGCGGACUGGAACUGCAAACCCGCGAUAUUGCGAUCCGGCGUCUGGUCCAAGAAGAAUAUCAGGCCCGUGGAUUACCAUGCGACCAUAUAUCUUAUACAAUCGCGACUCAGUUGCUGGCCGAGGAUAAAGAGUAUGCGGCAUCGUUGGAAACGCGACUAUCCGGGGCGUGUCUAGAACUCGCGCAUGUGACACCGGCGACGGUGAAGGGUUUUGUGGACUUGAUGGCCACCAUGAAAGCAAUUGAUAUAAGCACACUGGAGGCGAGACUUGGCAUUUCGAUCCCGUCUCGAGACUUUCCAGAUCUAAGGCAGCUCCGAGCUUCUGCGAUCGAAGCCUGGACUCGACUCGUCCGGCAGGGCCAUAUCUCCGCGGCGGACUAUGGAGACGGAGUGGACGAUUUGAUCGAAAGAAAAACAGCACUCAUUGAUCAGAUCGGGGACCGCACACCUCGCAACGUCUUGCUUCACGCAGACAUAAAAGACCUCCACAUUCUGGUUGAUGCAGAAAGUGGUCGGAUUACCGGCAUCCUGGAUUGGGCCGACGCCAGUAUUGGCAACCCCGCCGAGGAUAUCUCUGGCCUGGUCUUGUGCGUAGGGGCCGAGUUGGCUACAAAAAUCGCGCAGGAGGUGGGAUAUGAUUCCCACGAGAUCAUGCAGGGUAUUGUCAAGGCGCGAUGUGAGCGUGUGCUGAGGUUGGAGGAAGUAAUAACUGGCGCUGACACCGAGAGUCCGCUGGAGUGGCGGAAGCGUCAGCUGGCAGUGGCGUUGCUCUAA